CAUUGUCGUUUAUGUAACUAUACAAUAUUCAACACCAAAACUAUGUAUUUGUGCCUUAAAACUAUAUAUACGCUCUAUAAACUAUACACGCACAUGACAACCAGGCAUGCACCUAACUACACAACUGAUGAAAUUAUUCAGUGUGAUAAUAAUAACGUAACAAACGGUGCGCACACCAGCACCACAUAUAAGGAUAGCGUCGUGGGAGAAACGGUUAACAACGACCUACUCAGCCGCUCCUACACCGCCAACACACGCCUGGAUGAAGGGGACACAACUGAUGGCAUCAACCGUAGCAUAAGUACUUCAACCAGAACGGGCCAGCCCAGCAACGACAACUUCCUCAGUUCACGCACGUUCGACGUCAGUGAGCAAGAGGACGGCACCAUAACACUACAAGCCGUAGCAGAAGAUCGCAAUCAGAAUAAAGUCGUUACCGUUCGCACGAAAAAACUCCGCACACCGAGCAAUGCCAAUGAAGAACUGCGAGAUACCAUCGUGGAGCGGAAAAAACUCACUCCAGAGGGAGCCGUUAUGGUGGAGAGGGACGUGAUUCAAACCAAAAACCGCUUGACGUCUCGAGGAUCUAACUACUACACCAGGAGCGCCUAUACUCUUAGAACGCGGCGGGAGAAUGGGGGUGUCCAGACUGUAGAACAUAGUGUUUGCGUGGAAAACGAAAACACAUCAGUCAGUCAAGGCCAGUCGUGGGGAGACAAGGCUGAAGCCCAGGUAACAUUGGUAGAUGCCAGCGGUGCCGCUUCAGUCUCACAGUUACCGAGUUCGUCUACGGUCGUGCUUCCUAGUGCGUGCCCAGAAGCGAUGAGAGAUCAACACUGCAGUCGGUUGGAUAUACAUCCGUGCAAGUCACGUGAGGAACAAGGCAAUGGGGUCUUGGAUGUUACGCCAACUCCUCGUUGGAGAAAUGAGUCAACAAUCGGUCAGUGCCAAACACUGCCUGCAUUCGAGAAACGUCUGUCUGAUGUCUCUGUCACAGAAGGUCACUCGACCGUGUUCUCUUGCAUCGUGACAGGCGCGGUUUGCGUGGAGUGGUACCACAACGGCGUCCUGAAGAGAAAUUCCGCCGACUUCAAACAGUCGUAUGACGGGAGAGAAGCAAGACUACAGGUUGCAGAGGUGUUCCUAGACGAUGCUGGCCAGUACACCUGCAUUGCCAAGAACAGUUUUGGAGAACAAAGCACAGCUUGCACCCUUCAUGUCAUUGCUUGUGACCAGGAGACUGUUGUGGUUCCCAUGUUCUUGACCAAACUGACCAGUAGAGCAGUCCUGGAAGGCGAGAUGCUAUUAUUAGAAUGUGAUGUCAUUGGGUCUCCAGAACCAACUAUCACCUGGCUCAAAGAUGGCCGCCACCUCGGGGACUCUCUAACAUACAGUGCAUGUUAUGAUGGGAGAGUUGCCAGUUUGCAGAUUUCUACCAUGAGAUUUCAGGACACAGGAUGUUACAUGUGUCUGGCAGAGAACCCAGCAGGACAAGUGUCCAUAGAUGCCAUUAUCACUGUCCAAGAUAAAAACCAAGCACCUCAUUUUAUUUCCAAGAUUGAAAAUCAAAGUGCCGUGUCUGGUGAACGUAUUGUACUUCAGUGUGAAAUCACUGGCACCCCUCUUCCUGUUGUCUUGUGGAAAAAAGAUGGCAGACUGUUGAGGACAUCAAGCAGUUGUUCUCAGUCCUUCCACAAUGGUGUGGCCAAGCUAGAGCUCACACACGCAACUCCUCAGGACAGUGGCUCUUAUGAAUGUGUGGCCAAAAAUCAAGUUUCUGAAAUGUCCUGCCUUUGCUACGUUCAAGUUGUCAGUAAACAGUCGACUUACGUGCACAACAUUAAGACAUCUGGGAGUGUUAAAUCCCUUUGGACAUCCCCUACCACAGACCAGACUGUUCUAAGGGAGGCAAUAACCAAAUCAUUGUCUCAAGAAGUGGUCAGUGAUUUGCGCCCCUCGAGCCCUAUUGCUGGAUAUAGGCCGGUUUUGCCUGCGUUUACCAGUUCUAGUGACACGGAAAAACUUGCUCGUUCGUCAUCACUAAAGUAUCUGAGUCAUUCUGGCAGUAAUGCUUCACUUAGGUAUGCAGAGACAGCGCUGAUAGAACAUGCUGGAGAAAAAGACAGAAAUUAUCCGACUUUAUCAUCAUCGACUUCACAUUCUUCUUCAGUUUCGUUCACCCCUUCAUUUAUUACAGAAACAGUGGAACCAUAUAACAUUUCAGCAUCGCCAUCACCUGCAGCAACUUACCCCCCUGUGCCAUCACCAAGACUGACCGAGAAACCUGCAUCUCCGGGCAUCUCACAGUUGAUGCCAGCCACUUCACAGUCCAAGGCACAAUCUCCAAGUGUCACUGCCCUAAGACAGCACUUUCUGAUGAAUGACCAAGCUGUCACAACCAGUGUGUCCAACAGUUCCGUGAGAAAUACUUCGGUGGGUGUCAGGAGAUGGGACUCGCUGCCACCACAGACAUCAAAGCCUAUCGUCUUCCAGAGGAAGUCCACCGUCCCUGCCUCCAGACUUCCCAUCAUGCCUUCCUACGACACCAUCAGUGAUGAGGAGGAGCUUCACAAACUGAUGAAUGCCACCGAGGACUUUGAGGAGAGAAAGAAGAUUCGAGCUCGGAUACGAGAGAUCAGGGAAAAGCAGCGAGAGGAAAUGGAAGCCAAGAGGAAACAGAGAGAGGCAGAAGCAGAAGAUCUGGUGAAGAAGAAGUUUGAAAGAGCAGAAGAGGAAAAACGAAAGAAAAUGGAAGCAUACAAACAGCAGGCACCAACACAUGAAAGAGAUAGCAAAUACCAUGAUGUCUCUCAGAAGAUGAUUCAGGAGAAAUAUAA